UGUAGUUGUUUUGCAACUGCUUUGCGGGCGUAACAGACAUCUUUGCUUUUAAGAUUAUUUACUAUCAGAUACUCGUCUCCUCGUCUUGUUCUGUUUGACCAGUGUCAUUGGACAGUGCCUGUAGUCAAGUCGUGGAAAAUGACAACUGUCGACCUUGCGCGAGUUGGGAAGAACUUAGUGAAAAGCGCUGAAAGUGGAGAGACAGUAGAGCUUCAGUCUCUAUGGAAAGACCAGCCGGUGGUCCUGUUCUUCCUGCGCAGGUUUGGCUGCCAAGUGUGUCGAUGGAUGGCUUCAGAGAUCAGCAAGUUGGAGCCGGACCUGAGGGCCAACGGCGUGGCUCUGGUGGGCGUCGGGCCAGAAGAGUUUGGGCUGAAGGAGUUCAAGGAAGGAGGGUUUUUUAAAGGAUCCAUUUAUGUGGAUGAACAGAAGAAAACUUACAAGGAUUUGGGAUUCAAACGGUACACAGCUUUAAGUAUAGUUCCUGCUGCUCUUGGGAAGAAAGUACGAGACAUAGCCUCAAAGGCAAGUGCCGAAGGAAUCCAGGGCAACUUCUCAGGAGAUCUGCUCCAGAGUGGAGGCAUGCUCAUUGUGGCCAAAGGUGGCGAAAAGGUCUUACUGCACUUCAUCCAGGAUUCACCGGGAGACCUCGUUGCAUUGGAGGACAUUUCCAAGGCACUGGGUGUCUCAUCCUCAGCGAAAGCGGGACAGAAGCCAGUGUGCAACGAUGACGUCUGUACGCGAUGAUGACACCACUGCCAGUCGUAUCUGAACAGCACGUAAAGGUUCGGGAAGGAGAAUCUCAUUAAAAUCUUGAAAUUGACAUAAAAUCACUAAUAUUCCAAUAUCACAAUGGCUCGAGAUUACUUUGUGACAUUUUUCUUAACUAUUACAAAAGCUCGCUGUACACAGAGCUAAUGUUGUAUAUACAGUGCCAACGAUGACAAAUGCUUUAAUAAAUAUUGGUCAUUUGACAGUUUACUUACCUUUGAUUGCACUUAACGUGAUUACUGUGAUUGUUGUGUGGCGUUGAAUGUGUUUUGCCGAUCAAUACAAUAAAAACAUAUUUUAAAAAAUCAA